AUGGGGUCGGCCUUGUGUAAACGAGAAAAAAUAGUCGAUGAAGUGGCUGAAAUCGCCAACAAAACAAUCGAAAAAGAGUUGAAGAAAGACCGAAUUCAAGAAAGGAAAACAAUAAAAGUUCUGCUGUUAGGUAGGUUUUUGUUACGAUUCUUAACAAAAUGGCAAAUACUUAUAACUAACCUUAAUAGCUAUGUUUUAAGGCCAAAUGGUAUUCAAAUCCGUAAAUUUUAAAAACUGUAUCUUGUACUACUAAUGGCAAAAAAAUAAACUAAACUAAAAACUAUCCACCAUGUUUAUAGGCAGUGCGGACUCAGGAAAAUCGACGAUAGCAAAGCAGAUGCGAAUACUACACGCUCAUGGUUUUAAUGAAAGUGAACUUAUCAAUUACCGAUAUAUGAUUUUCACAAACAUGGUCGUAAUAUACCAUCAUUUGUGCCGUGGAUGUCAAGCCUUAAAUGUGCCAGUGAAUGAGGACGAACAAGAUUUGUACGAAAAGUUUUUGAACAAACACUUGAAAAUCUUGGACUUUCUCGACGACGACAUAAUCGUUUCGUUGGCUCAAAUGAGGAAUUCACAAUUCACGAAAGAAGGCCUUAAACAUGUGGAAAAGUUCUACAUGCCCGAUAACUCUCUAUAGUAAGUCGUAAAUUAGAUCUGGCUUCAAAAAUAAUUUUAUAAAAUCAGCCAAACAUAAAAACUAACAUACUGUAGCCAAGAUAAUGAAAAACUGUUUCAGACCUUCAAAAGGUGCCAAAACUAACGAUAAACAUAAAAAUUCCCGAAAAAUAUUGUCUAAAGUUGUAUCAAUUUCAGCCUCUUUGCCAACGCUCACCGCAUUUUGGAUCAGAACUACCACCCAACAGAGAUCGAUAUUAUUCAUGCCCGCGCUUCAACGACUGGCGUAUACGAAAUUGGAUUUCAAUUCCGAAACUUUUAUAUCAGGUUAGUCUAAAUACCGCUUUGAUCCAUAAUAACACUAGCCACAUAAUCUUAACCUCAAAUUACGAAAAGAUUAAUGACAAGAGGCUAGCUAAUAAAUCAUGCCAUGUUUUGAGCUUAUUUUUCUUUAUACGCUUCUGACUGAGCUUUUUAAUUUCUUUUUACAAUUCUAAUAUUUCCAAAACUCCAGGUUAAUCGACGUCGGUGGUCAGAAGACCGAACGACGAAAGUGGAUUCACUGUUUUGAAAAUGUGACAGCUGUGUUGUUUGUAACAGCAUUGUCGUGUUAUGAUCAAUUUUUGGAAGAAGAGCCAACAAAGGUGAGCUUUAACCUACGCUUUCACACCUACAUUCUUGUGAGAAAGUUCUUUCUAUGCGUUUUUACAUAAUUUUGUUUUUUCUUUAAAGUUUAAAGGGCGCUACCGUAAACAGACCUUAUUUUAAACAUGCAAAUACUGUCUGCCAUAAUAAAGCUUUUUAAUAUUGAAAGACUUGAAAAUUAACUGUAAGGCUUCAAAAUGCACGCACAAGUUUUAAAACUUAUUAAGUGUACUAAAAACAGCUGAGUUUUCAAAUAAAAUACUGUUUAUAUCCAAGCACACAAUAUUCAUUUUUUUGUCUAUUGAACUAAAUACAAAUUUACUUUCAGAACUGUCUAGAAGACUCUGUGGAACUAUUCAACUGCAUGUACAACAACGAGUAUCUCCGAAAAUGCAACUUUAUUCUGUUUUUGAAUAAAACGGACAUUUUGGAACGAAAAGUUGAGCAUUCCUCCUUCAGCAAGUACUUUCCCAACUAUUCAGAGAAGGAAAAGUACGAGGAAGUACGGGAUUACAUCAAAGAACUAUUCACAGAGGUGAGUAACUUUUUUUGACUAAUAACUCUAAUCUUUUUACACUUUAUGGCUUAGGCCAACAGGUUGGCUCACCUUAUGGGUCAGGCCAAGAGACUGGCUCAUUUUAUAGCCUAGGCCGGCAGCCAAACUCAAUUUACAAGUUUAGGCCGACCGCCAGGUUAUUUUCAUACGCAAUAGCUAAGUAAAUUUCACACCCUCACAUACAUAAUAGUGCAAAGUACUCUUAUUGAUUCCAAUUAGUUUUAAAACAUUUUCUGUUAUUGGCAUUGGAUUUUACGUCAAAAUAGACAUAUUUUCAGACCAUAACCUUUAUUAGACUUUUCUGCAUAAGAUCUUGAAAUAAUCAUUAAAAUUUUAAAAUUUAUCAUCUUUUUAAUCUCCUGUUUACAAUUAUGCUCCUCAUACUAUUAUAACAUGCACAAAUUUCAGGCCGAAGUCGAUGAUACCAGGCAUAUCUACUUGCAUUUUACAAAUGCCACCGACCGCGGGAACAUUGACUUUGUGUUUGGCGCGGCGUGCGAUAUCAUUUUGCAAAAUAAUCUCAACAAAGCGGGCAUGAACUGA